AUGUUUUACUUUAAAAAUAGUAAAGUGAUAUGUAAAGAUUUGAAUCUAGAAAACAUUUUAGUAAUAGGAAAUCUAAAAUUAAUAGAUUUAGGAUUGUCUAAGCAAUAUAAAUUGGAUAAUAAGUACUUAAUUAGAAAUUUUUCAAUGGUUUAGAUUGCUGGUACUCUCUUAUAUCAAGCAAUUGAAAUAAUAAAUAAUUAAGGACAUAAUUACAUUGUUGAUUGGUGA